AUGGUUGGUCCUCGCAGGAAACUAAGAAUUGGGAUUAUCCUGAUCGUGCUUCUAUUUCUAUUGUAUACUUUUGUUUCCACUGUUUCGGUUCCAAGGCAUGUUACCAAAACCGAGUUAUCCACAAACAAACUCAAGCUAGCUCGAGAACUUGAGAAGAACAGCAACUGGAAGAAAACGGGGCUAAAUUUUCACACCAACAAGGCCGCAAAUCUCCCGGCUCUUUCGACUUUAAGGCAGCAACUCAGUUUCCAAUUCCCCUAUGAGCCUUCUAAAGGAUUUCAGAAGAAUAUCUGGCAAACUUGGAAAGUAGGAUUGAACGAUGAGACUUUCCCAACUACAUAUCGGGGAUACCAAGAAACUUGGGAGGCAUUGAAUCUGGGAUAUAAGCAUUAUGUGAUUCCUGAUGAUGAAUGUGAUACUAUGGUGAAGCAGUUGUUUGCAUCAGUUCCGGAUGUCGCUCAGGCAUGGUCGCUCAUGCCCAAGAAUAUUCUAAAAGCUGAUUUUUUUCGCUACUUAAUUUUAUAUGCUCGUGGAGGUGUCUAUUCCGAUAUCGAUACAAAGUGUCUCAAACCUAUAGACACUUGGGUCUCCAAAAAUCAAACGAUAUAUGGUAUCGACAACCAUGCAGGGCUCGUGGUUGGAAUUGAAGCAGAUCCAGAUCGUCCAGAUUGGGCCGAGUGGUAUGCCCGGCGAAUCCAAUUUUGUCAAUGGACAAUCCAGGCAAAAAAGGGACACCCUAUGUUACGCGAGUUGAUAGCGAAAAUCACCGAGUUGACUUUGCAAAGAUGGAAAAAUGGUGAGUUGAAGAAAAUCAAGGGUAAGGAUUCUGGCGGUGAUAUCAUGAAUUGGACAGGACCUGGUAUCUGGACAGAUAUGGUCUUUGAAUAUAUGAACAAUAUUCUUCAGCCACAAGAAAACUUCGAGCGCAAGAAGUACGAUGAGAUAGUCACCUGGAAGCUUUUCACGGGCAUGGAGAUGCCAAUGGCUAUUGAAGAUGUGUUGAUAUUGCCUAUAACUUCAUUUUCUCCUGAUGUGAAUCAAAUGGGUGCUCAGAGCUCAUCGCAUGAGCUAGCGUAUGCAAAACAUUUGUUCCUGGGCAGCUGGAAGGAUAAUGGUCCAUCGGAGUAA